CUGCCCUAAGGGCAUACUAUGGGGUACCAGACUGCCAGCCUGUGGGUGCUUUUGCUGGCACUUACCAUCACGGUUGCCUAUGAAGUAAGACCAGGCCGCCUCCGUAAUCAUGGUCACUAUGUCUGCAGUACUUGGGGUAACUUUCACUUCAAGACCUUUGAUGGAGAUGUUUAUCAGUUUCCUGGAACCUGCACAUAUAACUUGGCCUCAGACUGUCAUGAGACCUACCAAGAGUUCUCCGUCCACAUAAAACGAGAUGUACAAAAUGGUCACCCUCUCAUCGACAAGAUUAUUGUCACCAUCAAGGACGUUGUCAUCCAACUGAAAAACAGCUUUGUCGUGGUGAAUGGAGUUAUCGCAAGAACACCUUAUUAUAGAAGUGGGAUCCUUAUCAAUAAGAAUGAUGCCUACAUUAAGGUCUACACAAAGAUAGGCCUGACCCUUAUGUGGAAUCAAGAGGACGCACUUAUGGUGGAGCUGGCACCUAGUUUCAACAACAAAACAUGUGGCCUGUGUGGGGAUUAUAAUGGGGUGUCUAUCUAUGAUGAAUUCCUUUCUGGAGACAUUCUUCUUAAUCCCAUACAAUUUGGAAGCCUCCAGAAUAUUCAUAAUCCAAAUGAUAAGUGCACUGACCCAGAUGAUACCAAGACAACUGACAACUCCCAUUGCUCUAAAUAUCGCUCUGUUUGUAAGGAGCACCUGGCACAGCCCGCUUUUUCAGAUUGCCAUUCUCUCCUGAAUCUGGAGUCCUAUAUCCAGGCCUGCAUGUUGGACAUGUGUUCCUGUGGCCAUUCCCAGGAUUCAUUCUGCCUCUGUAGCACUAUAUCAGAGUACUCCAGGCAGUGCUCCCAUGCUGGGGGUCAGCCAGGGACCUGGAGGACUGAUAGCUUCUGUCCUAAACAGUGUCCUUCAAACAUGAUAUAUCAAGAAAGUGCAUCUCCGUGCAUGAGCACGUGCUCCCAUCUGGAGAUUCGCAGUCUGUGUGAGGAACAUUACAUGGAUGGAUGCUUCUGUCCAGAGGGCAUGGUGCUUGAUGAUUACACUGACAAAGGCUGCGUGCAAAUGAAUGAGUGCCAUUGCAAACACCGCGGGAACCUCUAUGCACCAGGGGACAGAAUUAGCAAUGACUGUGAUGAAUGCUACUGCAUCUCGGGAAGAUGGAAUUGUACUGAUCGUGCCUGUCCUGGCAUUUGCUCGCUUGAAGGGGGAGCUCACUUCAGCACUUUUGAUGGGAAAAAGUAUACCUUUCAUGGGAACUGCUAUUAUGUGCUCUCUAAGGGAGGGAAAAAUGAUUCACAUGUAAUACUGGGAGAGCUGACACCAUGCACUUCAUCUGAAAGAGAAACGUGUCUAAAAUCCAUUGUACUCCUAACUGACAACAAGAAAAACGUUGUUGUUUUUAAAGCAGAUAGCACUGUGCUACUAAAUGAGCUGAAAGUCACACUGCCCCAUGCAACAGCAAGCUUUUCCAUCCUGCAGCCAUCAGACUCCUACAUCAUUGUGCAGACAACAUUUGGCCUCAAGAUGCAGAUCCAGCUGCAGCCAAUGCUGCAACUCUACAUCACCAUGGAGAAAUGGGCCAGGAGACACUUACAAGGUCUCUGUGGAAACUUCAACUAUAAAGAAGGAGAUGACUUUCAAACAUCUGGAGGCCUAGUAGAAGCAACAGCAUCAGCCUUUGCCAAUACUUGGAAGGCACAACCUAAUUGUCAAGACAAAUCUGACUGGUUGGAGGAUCCAUGUAGCCUUAGUAUUGAGAGCAAGAAGUAUGCUGAUUAUUGGUGUUCCUUUUUGGAAAAUGAGGAGUCUGUAUUUGCAAAAUGCCACUCAACAAUAGACCCUGCUGAAUAUGCUAAGAGAUGCCGGUAUGAUACAUGUAACUGUAAGGACAGCGAGAUGUGUAUGUGCGCAGCUCUGUCCUCCUAUGUCAGGGCCUGUGCUGCUAAAGGGAUCAUCUUGUGGGGCUGGAGAAAUGGAAUCUGCGACAAAAACAUUGCCACCUGCCCAUCAUCUCAGAUCUACUUGUAUAACCUCACCACAUGCCUGCCUACCUGUCGUUCCUUGGCAGAAGGAGAGAAAGUUUGCACUACCGAGUUUGCCCCAGUGGAUGGCUGUGGGUGUGCACAAGGAGAAUAUCUGAAUGAAAAGGCAGAAUGUGUGUCCAUAUCCAAGUGUUCAUGCUAUUACCGUGGCAUGUACUUUAGCCCCCUGGAAGUAAUCUACAAACAAAAUGAGCGUUGCUCUUGUCAUAAUGGAAAGUUUAUCUGUAUCACUCAUGCCAAAGAAAAAUCAAGUUGCCAAAAUGGAAAGAUCUAUCAUGACUGUAACAAGGUUGAUCCAGAAGCUUCCAAGACCCCAGUCCACAGGAGCUGCCAAACAUUGAGCGUUGAAUAUUUCCAAACAGAAUGUGUCUCAGGUUGUGUAUGCCCUGAGGGUCUGCUAGAUGAUGGAGCUGGUAGCUGUGUUCCAGAAGAAAGAUGUCCUUGUGUUCACAAUGAAGAGAUACACCCUCAUGGGACGCAGGUCAAAGUGGAUUGCAAUACAUGCUUAUGUCAGAGAGGACGAUGGACAUGUACCAAUACUCCGUGUUAUGGGACAUGCACAGUCUAUGGCAGUGGUCAUUAUAUCACAUUCGAUAACAAGUUAUAUGACUUUGAGGGAAACUGCGAAUUUGUGGCUGCCCAGGAUUACUGUGGGAAUCAUCAUUCGGAAGGAAAUUUUAGUGUUAUUACUGAGAAUAUCCCAUGUGGUACUACGGGCGUUACGUGUUCCAAAUCAAUCAAGGUUUUUCUAGGAAGCACAGAGUUGAAGCUGGCAGACAAACACUUGGAAGAAAGUUUAGGGGAUGUUGCCAAACGAGUGCAGUAUCUGUCUCAUGUGGUGGGGAUUUACCUUGUGAUUGAGGCAAGCAAUGGUAUCGUAUUGAUCUGGGACAAGAGGACCACCAUAUUUAUCAAGGUGUCACCAGACUACAAGGGCCGAGUGUGUGGUUUAUGUGGAAACUUUGAUGAUAACGCCAACAACGAUCUCACCACCAGCCACAUGCUGCAGGUCAACAAUGUGCUGGAGUUUGGAAACAGCUGGAAGGUCAAUCCCUCCUGUCCAGAUGUGACAGAAACAAUCCACCCAUGCUCCUUGACCCCACACCGUAAGGCAUGGGCAGAGAAGCAGUGUGGGCUUAUUAAGAGCAGUGUUUUCAAAAUUUGUCACAGCAAGGUAGACCCAGCGCCAUUUUAUGAAGCUUGUGUCAAUGAUGCCUGCUCCUGCGACAGUGGUGGGGACUGUGAGUGCUUCUGUACUGCAGUUGCUGUCUACGCUCAGGAAUGCACUAAAGCAGGAGCCUGUGUCUACUGGAGAACACCUGAUAUAUGCCCUAUAUUUUGCGACUAUUACAACCCUAAAGAUGAAUGCGAAUGGCACUACCACCCAUGUGGUAAUCACAUAGAGACCUGCCGAUCAAUUAACAAUGUGUAUACCAACGUCACAAUCACUUACCUGGAAGGCUGCUACCCAACGUGCCCUGCUGAUAAACCUAUUUUUGACGAGUCUAAGUGGAUAUGUGUAACCAAGGAACAAUGCGGAUGCUACAUUAACAACACUCACUAUGAAGUCAAUGAAACCAUACCCACAGAUGAAAAUUGUGUCUCAUGUGUAUGUGACCAUAAUGGAGAACCUGAUUGCAGACAUGACCAAUCAGCUUGCGUUUGCAUUAUUAAUGGUACAAUAUAUGAAGAAGGUGAAAAGAUUUCCAGUGAAGAGAAUUCAGGAAUCUGCAUUGACAUUUUCUGUAAAAAUGGAACAGAAGAGAUUGAAGUUAGUCUUUGCGCAACCACUCCUGUCAUCUCAAAGACCACUGCAGUCACUAGCACGCAGACAGUGUCCACCACAACAGAGACAACUCCCACAACAACACCUGUGAUUUCAUCAACUUGUGUUCAUGAAUGGAUAUGUAACUGGACAACUUGGUUUGAUGUCAGCACACCAGAGGAAGGGCCAGAUGGUGGAGAUUUCGAAACGUAUGACGAAAUAAGAAAGCACCACUCGUUCUGUGAAAAUUAUGUUCCAGAUAAGAUUCAGUGCAGAGCAAAGGAUGUGCCUGGAUUGAGCUUGGAUGAACUAGGACAGACUGUUCAUUGCAAUGUAUCAUAUGGGCUCAUCUGCAGGAACAAUGAGCAGAAGCAAGGAGACAGCCUAUGGCCACUCUGUUUUGACUAUGAGAUUCGUGUGAACUGCUGUAGGUGGGAUUGUGCAGGUCCCACAACAAUCCCACCAAGUCCCACUACCACCCCACAGAUAAUCAGCACAACUCAUAGCACACCAGAAAAAACUAGUACAGUUGUAACAACAAGUCCUACAGUGACAAACACACCAGAAUUAACCACCACAGUUAUAACAACAUCUCAUAUAGUCACACAAACACCAGAAUUAACUACCACAAUUAUAACAACAUCUCCCACAGUCACUCCUGAGAUAACUACUAUAUCAACAACUCCUGAGACAACAACCACAACAGCAAGCCCCACCACGUCUACGGUUAUCACAUCAACAGAACUGCCAUCUCCAGGAUCAACUUCUUCAAGUACCCCCACACCAGCAACUUCAACAACCCCAACUGAAAGUACACCUGAACGUACCACAACGUCGACAUCUACACAGACGUCAACUCCAACAACCUCCACUUCAACUGUUUGUGAACCUACAUGUUGGUGGACAGAAUGGAUUGAUGUGAGUUACCCUGACUAUGAUAUCGAUGGAGGUGAUAAUGAAACCUAUGAGAACAUUAAGAACAACGGAUAUGAGCUGUGCGAGAAGCCAUCCAACAUUUCCUGCAGAGCACAAAGAUUUCCAAGUAAACCACUGGACCAGUUAGGUCAGGUAGUGGUUUGUGACGUCUCUUCUGGACUUAUCUGCCACAACAAGGAUCAGACCAUGACUUCCUUACCUGUAUGUUACAACUACGAGAUUAAAGUGUACUGCUGCGAUGACCUACACUGCUCAACUACCCCUCCCACCAGCACCCCCACAAGCACAACCCAGAGUACUACUACUCCUGUGACUACAAGCACCACAACAACUCCAAGCCAUAGUACUACUACUCCUGUGACUACAAUCACCACAGCAACUCCAAGCCAUAGUACUAGUACUCCAGCAACUUCAACAACCCCAACUGAAAGUAUACCUGAACGUAGCACAACGUCAACAUCUACGCAGACGUCAACUCCAACAACCUCCACUUCAACUGUUUGUGAACCUACAUGUUGGUGGACAGAAUGGAUUGAUGUGAGUUACCCUGACUAUGAUAUCAAUGGAGGUGAUAAUGAAACCUAUGAGAACAUUAAGAACAACGGAUAUGAGCUGUGCGAGAAGCCAUCCAACAUUUCCUGCAGAGCACAAAGAUUUCCAAGUAAACCACUGGACCAGUUAGGUCAGGUAGUGGUUUGUGACGUCUCUUCUGGACUUAUCUGCCACAACAAGGAUCAGACCAUGACUUCCUUACCUGUAUGUUACAACUACGAGAUUAAAGUGUACUGCUGCGAUGACCUACACUGCUCAACUACCCCUCCCACCAGCACCCCCACAAGCACAACCCAGAGUACUACUACUCCUGUGACUACAAGCACCACAGCAACUCCAAGCCAUAGUACUACUAGUCCUGUGACUACAACCACCACAGCAACUCCAACCCAUAGUACUAGUACUCCAGCAGCUUCAACAACCCCAACUGAAAGUACACCUGAACGUAGCACAACGUCAACAUCUACGCAGACGUCAACUCCAACAACCUCCACUUCAACUGUUUGUGAACCUACAUGUUGGUGGACAGAAUGGAUUGAUGUGAGUUACCCUGACUAUGAUAUCGAUGGAGGUGAUAAUGAAACCUAUGAGAACAUUAAGAACAACGGAUAUGAGCUGUGCGAGAAGCCAUCCAACAUUUCCUGCAGAGCACAGAGGUUUCCAAAUAAACCACUGGACCAGUUAGGUCAAGUAGUGGUUUGUGACGUCUCUUCUGGACUUAUCUGCCACAACAAGGAUCAGACCAUGACUUCCUUACCUGUAUGUUACAACUACGAGGUUAAAGUGUACUGCUGCGAUGACCUACACUGCUCAACUACCCCUCCCACCAGCACCCCCACAAGCACAACCCAGAGUACUACUACUCCUGUGACUACAAGCACCACAGCAACUCCAAGCCAUAGUACUACUAGUCCUGUGACUACAAGCACCACAGCAACUCCAAGCCAUAGUACUACUACUCCUGUGACUACAAGCACCACAGCAACUCCAAGCCAUAGUACUACUAGUCCUGUGACUACAAGCACCACAGCAACUCCAAGCCAUAGUACUACUAGUCCUGUGACUACAAGCACCACAGCAACUCCAACCCAUAGUACUACUACUCAAGCAACUUCAACAACCCCAACUCAAAGUACACCUGAACGUACCACAACGUCAACAUCUACACCGACGUCAACUCCAACAAUCUCCACUUCAACCAUAAUUACACCUUCGAUUGCAAGCCCUUAUUCAACAAGCAUCACUCCAAAGCCGCAGGAGGUGUACACUGGUACUUCAACAACCAUAUCUACAUCAAACGUUACACAAACAAAUAUAACUUCAUCCCCUGCUACUACUACAACGCCCAGUGAACCUUCAACCACUGAGUCGAGUAGAACCUCUGCUUCUACUACUACCACACCAAAAUCUACAUCACCAGAAACUGUAACCACUUUAACAACGGAAGCAACAACAAUCUCUUCUACUACAACAUAUGAAAGUACCACAUCAGUUUAUACCCCUACAGAGGCUUCAACAACUAAAUCUGAAAAAACAACACCAUCAAUUACCACAAGCAAUCAAACCAGUACAACUGUUUUGCCUACACCUACAACAGGGACCACAACAACAUAUACACCCAGUGAAAUGUCCACUACUACCUUCCCCACUACAACAACCAAGACUACCACGAUAUAUACACCGUCUGAAAUUCCAUUUGGUUCGACAACUAUAUCUGAAUCAACCAAAACAACAUACUCAACAACUAAGGCUACAGCCCCAACCACUCCACCUACUACAACAGCUGAAACUACAACAAUCUUCACACACUCCCCAACUCCCAUUGUUUCAACAGUUUCAUCUACACCAACAACACCAACACAAUCAACAACUAAGGUUACAACUCCCACAACACCCCCUACCACCAAAACAAUAUACACCACUUCUGCAACGCCGGUUGUUUCCACAACUGUUUCAGAACCAACCACUCCAAUAAAAUCAACAACUGAAGCAACAACCUUAACUGCCUCACCUUCCAGUAUACCUGAGACUACCACAAUCUAUACACCUUCUGGAACUCCAGUUGUUUCAACAACUAAAUCUGAAGUAACCUCACCAACACACUCAACUACAGAAGUUACUGCUUCUGCUAUCACCCCUAGCACCACAACAAUUUACACCACCUCUGAAAUUCCAGAAGUUUCCACAAGUACAUCAGAACUAACUACUACAACAAAGUCGACAACUGAAGCUACAAGCCCUACUACCUCUCCUUCUAUCACAACUGGGACUACAACAAUCUACACACCCUCUGAAAUUCCAAUUGUUUCAUCAACUACACCUGAAGUAACGUCACCCACACACUCAACUACAGAAGCUACAACUUCCACUACCACAACAGUCUACACACCUUCUGAAACUCCAGUUGCUUCUACAACUACAUCAGAACAAACACCUACAAUAGUGUCAACAACUAAAUCUACAACCCCACCUACCUACCCUACGACAACAACCGAGAGUACAACAAUCUACACGCCUUCUGAAACUCCAGUUGUUUCAACAACUUCAUCUGAAGUAACCAAGCCAACACAUUCAACCACAAAAGCUACAACUCCUGUUACCUACCCUACUACCACAACAAUCCGUACACCUUCUGAGACUCCGGUUGGUUCCACUACAAUAUCAGAACUGACAACCACAAUAAAGUCAACAACUGAAACUAGAACUCCCCCCCAUUCUACCACAACAAUCUAUACACCAUCUGGAACUCCAGUUGUUUCAACAUCUACUUCUGAGGUAACAACACCAACACACUCAACUACAGAAGUUACUGCUUCUGCUAUCUCCCCUAGCACCACAACAAUCUACACCCCCUCUGAAAUUCCAGAAGUUUCCACAAGUACAUCAGAACUAACUACUACAACAAAGUCGACAACUGAAGCUACAAGCCCUACUACCUCUCCUUCUAUCACAACUGAGACUACAACAAUCUACACACCCUCUGAAAUUCCAAUCGUUUCAUCAACUACACCUGAAGUAACGUCACCCACACACUCAACUACAGAAGCUACAACUUCCACUAUCACAACAGUCUACACACCUUCUGAAACUCCAGUUGCUUCUACAACUACAUCAGAACAAACACCUACAAUAGUGUCAACAACUAAAUCUACAACCCCACCUACCUACCCUACGACAACAACCGAGAGUACAACAAUCUACACGCCUUCUGAAACUCCAGUUGUUUCAACAACUUCAUCUGAAGUAACCAAGCCAACACAUUCAACCACAAAAGCUACAACUUCUGUUACCUACCCUACUACCACAACAAUCCAUACACCUUCUGAGACUCCGGUUAGUUCCACUACAAUAUCAGAACUGACAACCACAAUAAAGUCAACAACUGAAACUAGAACUCCCCCCCAUUCUACCACAACAAUCUAUACACCAUCUGGAACUCCAGUUGUUUCAACAUCUACUUCUGAGGUAACAACACCAACACACUCAACUACAGAAACUACAUCUUUCACUACCACAACAGUCUUCACACCUUCUGUUACUCCGGUUGCUCCUACAACUACAUCAGAACAAACACCGACCACAAUUUCAACAACUAAAUCUACAACCACACCUACCUACCCUACAACAACAACCGAGAGUACAACAAUCCACACACCUUCUGAAACGCCAGUUGUUCCAACAACUUCAUCUGAAGUAACAAAGCCAACACAUUCAACCACAAAAGCUACAACUCCUGUUACCUACCCUACUACCACAACAAUCCGUACACCUUCUGAGACUCCGGUUGGUUCCACUACAACAUCAGAACUGACAACCACAAUAAAGUCAACAACUGAAGCUAGAACUCCCUCCCAUUCUACUACAACAAUCUAUACACCAUCUGGAACUCCAGUUGUUUCAACAUCUACUUCUGAGGUAACCACACCAACACACUCAACUACAGAAGCUACUUCCACUACCACGACAGUCGUCACACCUUCUGGUUCUCCAGUUGUUCCUACAACUACAUCAGAACAAACCACUACAAUAAUAUCAACAAAAUCUACAACCCUACCUACCUACCCCACUACAACAACUGAGACUACAACAGUCUAUACACCCUCUGAAAUUCCAAUUGUUUCAUCAACUACACCUGAAGUAACGUCACCCACACACUCAACUACAGAAGCUACAACUUCCACUACCACAACAGGCUACACACCUUCUGAAACUCCAGUUGCUUCUACAACUACAUCACAACAAACACCUACAAUAGUGUCAACAACUAAAUCUACAACCCCACCUACCUACCCUACGACAACAACCGAGAGUACAACAAUCUACACGCCUUCUGAAACUCCAGUUGUUUCAACAACUUCAUCUGAAGUAACCAAACCAACACAUUCAACAACAAGAGCUACAACUACUGUUACCUACCCUACUACCACAACAAUCCAUACACCUUCUGAGACUCCGGUUGGUUCCACUACAACAUCAGAACUGACGACGACAAUAUCAACAACUGAAACUAGAACUCCCCCCCAUUCUACCACAACAAUCUAUACACCAUCUGGAACUCCAGUUGUUUCAACAUCUACUUCUGAGGUAACCACACCAACACACUCAACUACAGAAGCUACAACUUCCACUACCACAACAGUCUUCACACCUUCUGUUACUCCGGUUGUUCCUACAACCACAUCAGAACAAACCACUACAAUAAUGUCAACAAAAUCUGAGACUGAGACUACAACAAUCUACACACCCUCUGAAAUUCCAAUUGUUUCAUCAACUACACCUGAAGUAACCACACCAGCACACUCAACUACAGAAGCUACAACUUCCACUACCACAACAGUCCACACACCUUCUGAAACUCCAGUUGCUUCUACAACUACAUCAGAACAAACAUCUACAAUAGUGUCAACAACUAAAUCUACAACCCCAACUUCCUACCCUACGACAACAACCCAGAGUACAACAAUCUACACACCUUCUGAAACUCCAGUUGUUCCAACAACUUCAUCUGAAGUGACCAAGCCAACACAUUCAACCACAAAAGCUACAACUCCUGUUACCUACCCUACUACCACAACAAUCCGUACACCUUCUGAGACUCCGGUUGGUUCCACUACAACAUCAGAACUGACAACCACAAUAAAGUCAACAACUGAACCUAGAACUCCCUCCCAUUCUACCACAACAAUCUAUACACCAUCUAGAACUCCAGUUGCUUCAACAUCUACUUCUGAGGUAACAAAACACUCAACUACAGAAUCUACAUCUUCCACUACCACAACAGUCUUCACACCUUCUGUUACUCCGGUUGUUCCUACAACCACAUCAGAACAAACCACUACAAUAAUGUCAACAAAAUCUGAGACUGAGACUACAACAAUCUACACACCCUCUGAAAUUCCAAUUGUUUCAUCAACUACACCUGAAGUAACCUCACCAACACACUCAACUACAGAAGCUACAACUUCUACUACCACAACAGUCUACACACCUUCUGAAAAUCCAGUUGCUUCUACAACUACAUCAGAACAAACACCUACAACAAUUUCAACAACGAAAUCUACAACCACACCUACCUACCCUACAACAACAACCGAGAGUACAACAAUCUACACACCUUCUGAAACUCCAGUUGUUCCAACAACUUCAUCUGAAGUGACCAAGCCAACACAUUCAACCACAAAAGCUACAACUCCUGUUACCUACCCUACUACCACAACAAUCCGUACACCUUCUGAGACUCCGGUUGGUUCCACUACAACAUCAGAACUGACAACCACAAUAAAGUCAACAACUGAACCUAGAACUCCCUCCCAUUCUACCACAACAAUCUAUACACCAUCUAGAACUCCAGUUGCUUCAACAUCUACUUCUGAGGUAACCACACCAACACAUUCAACUGCAGAAACUACAAUUUCUGUUAGCUCCCCUACCUCCACAAUAAUCUACACAUCUUCUGAAACACCAGUGAUUUCCACAAGCACGGAACUAACUUCUAGAAGCGAGAUGACAUCUAGUCUAACCACAACCAAGGUUACCCCUACUCCCUUUGUGUCUCCCAGCACCACAACAUGUACCACAGAAGAACCACCAGAAACUACACCAGUUUCUUCUACUACAGGGUCCUUCACAUCAUCUGUGACGUCAAAGGCUACUACCACAAAACAGACGACAACACCUGAAAUAACAAGUGGAACAUCCCCUACAGUUACUACUACCAGCAAGGUUACUACCGUAUCAUCUCUGCCCACUCUAUCAGAAACAACCAUAUCUACUUCUACUAUCUGUACCUGCUUACAUAACGAAAUGCCAUAUCCACCAGGUGAAAUUACCAGUGGUGUAGUGAAUAAAACAUGGUGCUAUGUAAUUACAUGCACACCCGAAUGUCAGAUUAAUAUUACUCAAUGGUACUGUGGUUCAUCCACUACAACUGAAGCUACAACUACCAGUCCACCAACCCCAUCCCGUCCAGGAAGUACCCCAACACCAGAAUCAACUACUACUACUCCACCAACUCCAUUCCCUCCAGGUAGUACUCCGACACCAGAAUCAACUACCACUCCACCAACCCCAUCUCCUCCGGGUGGUACUCCAACACCAGAAUCAACUACCACUCCACCAACCCCAUCUCCUCCAGGUAGUACUCCAACACCAGAAUCAACAACUACUCCACCAACCCCAUCUCCUCCAGGUAGUACUCCAACACAAGAAUCAACAACUAGUCCACCAACCCCAUCCCCUCCAGGUAGUACUCCAACACCAGAAUCAACCACCACUCCACAAACCCCAUCCCCUCCAGGUAGUACUCUGACACCAGAAUCAACUACCACUCCACCAACCCCAUCUCCUCCAGGAAGUACUCCAACACCAGAAUCAACAACUACUCCACAAACCCCAUCUCCUCCAGGAAGUACUCCAACACCAGAAUCAACAACUACUCCACCAAUUACAUCCUCUCCAGGAAGUACUCCAACAACAGAAUCAACCACUACUCCUCCAACCCCUUCCCCUGCAGGAAGCACUCCAACACCGGAAUCAGCUACUACUCCACCAACUCCAUUCCCUCCAGGUAGUACUCCAACACCAGAAUCAACUACCACUCCACCAACCCCAUCUCCUCCGGGUAGUACUCCAACACCAGAAUCAACUACCACUCCACCAACCCCAUCCCCUCCAGGUAGUACUCCAACACCAGAAUCAACUACUACGCCACCAACCCCAUCCCCUCCAGGUAGUACUCCAACACCAGAAUCAACUACCACUCCACCAACCCCAUCUCCUCCAGGAAGUACUCCAAUACCAGAAUCAACAACUACUCCACCAAUUACAUCCUCUCCAGGAAGUACUCCAACACCAGAAUCAACUACUACUCCUCCAACGCCUUCCCCUGCAGGAAGUACUACAACACCCGAAUCAACUACUACUCCACCAACUCCAUCCUCUCCAGGAAGUACUCAAACACCAGAAUCGACUACUACACCACCAACCCCAUCCCCCCCAGGUAGUACUCCGACACCAGAAUCAACUUCUACUUCACCAAUUCCAUCCUCUCCAGAAAGCACUCCAACACCAGCAUCAACCACUACUCCUCCAACCCCUUCCCCUGCAGGAAGCACUCCAACACCGGAAUCAGCUACUACUCCACCAACUCCAUUCCCUCCAGGUAGUACUCCAACACCAGAAUCAACUACCACUCCACCAACCCCAUCUCCUCCGGGUAGUACUCCAACACCAGAAUCAACUACUACUCCACCAACCCCAUCCCCUCCAGGUAGUACUCCAACACCAGAAUCAACUACCACUCCACCAACCCCAUCUCCUCCAGGAAGUACUCCAACACCAGAAUCAACAACUACUCCACCAAUUACAUCCUCUCCAGGAAGUACUCCAACACCAGAAUCAACUACUACUCCUCCAACGCCUUCCCCUGCAGGAAGUACUACAACACCCGAAUCAACUACUACUCCACCAACUCCAUCCUCUCCAGGAAGUACUCAAACACCAGAAUCGACUACUACACCACCAACCCCAUCCCCCCCAGGUAGUACUCCGACACCAGAAUCAACUUCUACUACACCAACUCCAUCCUCUCCAGGAAGUUCUCCCACCCCAGAAUCAGCUACUACCCCAACAACCCCUCCAAGGAGCACUCUGACCCCUACUCUGAAAUCAACCAUUUCAACUGUAAAGACCCCCACACCAUCAAAGCCCCAUACAACAACUAAAUUACCUGGUUGUCCAUUUGAGCCACAUCGUGAGCACAAUGAAACCUGGAUGCUUUGUAACUGCACCAUGGCCAGGUGUCUGGAAGAUAACACUGUUGAAAUCAUUGAACUGAAAUGUGAGCCACCGCCAAUGAUCACGUGUGCCAAUGGACGCCAACCUGUUGUAGUGCCUGAUGAUGACCUUUGCUGCUGGCACUGGGAAUGUGAUUGUCUAUGCUCAGGUUGGGGCGAUCCCCAUUAUUUAACCUUUGAUGGAACUUACUACAGUUAUCAAGGAAACUGUACCUAUGUUUUAGUGGAAGAAAUUGUAAAGACAGUUGAUAACUUUGGGGUGUACAUCGACAACUAUGACUGUGGAGCAAGAGACAGGGUGUCAUGUCCACGGAACAUUAUUGUCCGCCAUGAAACACUGGAAAUUCAACUUGUGGUUACAGACUUGAAUACCCUAAGUUUACAGGUUGUUGUAAAUGGUCAGGUUGUCAGUACUCCGUAUAAGAAAUAUGGGGUGAAAAUAUUUCAAUCUGGCAUUAACUAUGUGGUGGAAAUCCCUGAGUUGAAGGCCAAUAUCACCUAUAAUGGUCUGGCCUUUUCCGUGAAGUUGCCAUAUGAACUUUUUGGAAAUAACACACAAGGACAAUGUGGCACUUGCACAAAUAACCGGACAGAUGACUGCAGAUUACCCGAUGGUAAAAUCAUAUCCAACUGUGAAAUCAUGGCUGAAUCCUGGGUGGUGCCUGACCCAAGGAAACCUCAAUGCACUGCAAGUGCGAAGCCCACAGUAUCCCCAAAACCCACUCUACCGCCUACUCCUUGCAAACCUUCACCUCUCUGUGAUCUCAUCAAUGGACCAGCAUUUCAGAAAUGCCACAAGAGAAUUCCACCCAAAGAUUUCUACCAGGCCUGCAUUUUUGACAGCUGCCAUGUUCCCGACAGUAACAUUGAAUGUACUAGUUUGCAACACUAUGCUUUACUUUGUGGUGAUGAAAACAUCUGUGUUGAAUGGAGACACCUGGCUCCAGAAUGCCCAAUGACCUGCCCUUCACACAUGGUGUAUCAGCCGUGUGGUCCAGCCAAACACAGAACUUGUCAAACCACACCUGAGGAAGAAAAAGAGAUUCAAGAAAACAAACGUGUGGUUGAAGGAUGCUUCUGCCCCCGGGAUACGAUACCUUUCAGCCCUGCUGUGGAUGUCUGUGUGGAGACCUGUGGAUGUGUUGGACCUGAUGACAUACCUCGGAAGUUUGGAGAGAGCUUUAUGCUUGACUGCCAAGACUGCGUCUGCAGGGAAGGUGGCAGCGGCAUCACUUGUACAAAACAUAAGUGUACGAAGAUGUCAGAAGUGUACUGCAAUUUGGAUGGUUUCUACCCUGUUAUCCAAACAAGCCCCACUGACAACUGUUGUAAUGAGACCGUGUGCAAGUGCGACACAAGCCGGUGCCCGAAAACUUCCCCUAACUGUGGGCUUGGAUAUGAAAUGGUAGGAAGCAUUCCAGAUGGACACUGUUGUCCUGUCUACACUUGUGUCCGUAAGAAUGUCUGUGUUCAUGGAAAUGCAGAAUACCUUCCUGGAUCGCCGGUGUUUUCUGAUAACUGCCAGAGCUGUAUAUGUCCAGAGAAUGCUAAUAGAACCACAGGGUUACAGAUAAAAUGCACCCACGUGCCUUGCAACAUAGAAUGCCCGCGGGGCUUUGAACUGGAGCAAGAUACAAGCUGCUGCGGAACAUGUGUACAGACCCACUGUGUCUUGAAUCAGGUUGGAACGUACACGCUCAUGAAACCUGGGGAGGUUAUCCAUGCUUCCAAUGACAACUGCACUUUGUACAGCUGCACUGUGAUCAAGAAGCAGUUUAUCACCUCCGUGUCCCAAAUUUCCUGCCCAUACUUUAACGAAGAUGAAUGUGAACCUGGAACCAUCCAACUUCUACCAAACGGAUGCUGUAAAAUAUGUAUCAAGAAGAGCCAGGCUUGCAAACUGGAGGAAUUCUACGAUUAUAUGAGCCACAAUAACUGCCGAUCUGUGCAGAUGAUCAAGAUGUCUCGCUGUGAAGGGUCUUGUGGAACCUUUUCAAUAUAUUCAGCAUCUGCUCAAUCCAUAUCCCAUAAAUGUACUUGCUGCCAAGAGGUGAGAACCAGCCAGAGGCAUGUCCUUCUGCAGUGCUCCGAUGGAAGUCUGGUUGAUCAUGAGUAUGUCGAUGUGGAGGAAUGUAACUGUGUCAACACAAACUGUGGCCCUGUCAAAGCAGCGGAAGAUGAUGUUUCAGUACGAGCACGACGAGCAUUGAGAAAAAAAAGACAUCUCCACAGCGGCACUAAAUAAUUAUUCUAAACAAAAAAAUAUUUUGCUAUGAGAUGGAAACAUAAACACAUUUUAUCAUAAUAGAUAUACUGUUUAUGUGUAGGACUUUUUAGAAUGUUUUCUUCUAUUCAAUAAAUACACAAUUCUCACACAGCG